UCGUACCAUUCGUGCAUGCACGCUCCUCAUUGAGCAUCCCAGUGAGUGUGAAUAGGGCAAACACCAGGAGAGAGAAUAGGAUCGUCAACACCUCUAGCUCAGUAAAUGUAGAUGCCAUCUACACCCGCUGCCGCAGCUGUGAACAUUUCGUCUGUAAAAUCAGUUUUCCCACAAAGCACGAGGGAACAGGAGGAGGAGGAGGAAGUGGAGCACACCGUUGAGUAGUUUCCCAGUCGUCAUGACGACUUCACACCCAACCAUUUCCAGAGCUGUCUUCCUGUUGCCACGGUGACCUGAUCCCAUCUUCGUUUCUCUUGGUGAUCUGGAUUCGGCUGACUAUAAGGAAAGCGAUCCCGGAAAGCUGUCCCUUUUCCCUAAAAGCAGCUCGUGGAUGGGACAGCUGAUAACGUGCAGAGACACGGACCGGAGGACAGGAAGGUGCGGCGUGCUGGGAAUGCUGUGGGAGUAAUACCGGAGUGUUGCCUAGAAACAGCAGAAUGCCAAUACAACAGAUAAGUGUGGUUCCGGCCAGGGAGACAGCCAGCAACGGCAAAAGCGCUGCUCGCUCCAAAGACAAGACCGAGGGGAGGAAGGCCGCUGGGCGCUCAGGGAGUCGAUCCAGCAACAUCUCCAAGGCCAGCAACUCUACAACAGGUCUAACUACAGCCUCAAGAACAUCGAUCACGCUGUCUUCUCAGGACAUAUGCAGUUCUAGCCAGCUGACCCAUUUAGAGGAGGAUGUUUCUGAAUCGCACAAACACAACAAGCACACACACACCUCUGUGAUGGCCGUCACCAGCACAACUGUGGGCUCGUCAGCUCAGGUGCAGAAGAAGCAGGUGAAGCGCCGUCACCGCCGCAAGAGGAACAGCUGCACCGCCUCCGACUGCUUGGAAACCAACAUCAAACAGGAGCAGACCGAACUUAGCUCGCAUCGCAGCGAGAACGGGGAGAAGAGGGAGCGGCAUGUCAAGAACCAGAGAGAGCUCCCACCUCGCCUUCGCUGCUCAGGGGCCCCCCAGUCAGAUUCCACCUCUGAGGAUGAGGCAUGGCGUGAGGCCCGCAGCUGGAGCAAAGAGAAAGCCCGAAGAGUGCGCAGGCGAAGCGGGAGCAGCCGAGAGACAGACGGGGCAAACUGGGAUAAAGGAGGUGAAGACAAAACCGAGGUCAUGGAGCUGCACUCAGUGGGCUCAGAUGAAGGGAGGAAGAACCGGUCUCUGGUGGAGGACAGCGAAGGCCUUAAAAAGCGCCACAGCAGCGGAGCCUCGAUGAAGAAAGCUGGCCACGUUUCACAGAGAGAAGGCUCACACCGUAAGGAUAAAGAGAAGUGCUACAAGUCAGGAGACAGCUCAUCUUUGGCAGAAGAUUGCGAGAAACUCAUCACCAGGAGAUACCAGGAAAGGGGGACAGGGGGUGGAGACAUGUCAAUGCCCGCACCACAGAAACACUGCGGAAUAAAUGGAGGUCCACUACGGGAGUACUCUGAGGACUCAGAGGUCUGCAGGAUCUGCCACUGUGAGGGGGAUGACGAGUGCCCGUUGAUAAUGCCUUGUCGCUGCACGGGGAGCCUGAGUUUCGUCCACCGGACCUGUCUCAACCAGUGGAUCAAAUCCUCAGACACCCACUGCUGUGAACUCUGCAAGUUUGACUUUAUUAUGGAGACGAAGCUCAAACCUUUACGCAUGUGGGAGAGGCUACACAUGUCGAAGGGCGAGAGGAGGAAGAUCUUCUGUUCAGUGUUGUUUCACCUAAUAGCAAUAGUGUGUAUGUUGUGGUCCGUCUAUGUUCUGGUCAACAGAACCAUGGAAGAGAUCAGACUUGGGAAGAAUGACGAGUUAUGGAGAUUUUCUCUUCUGAAGUACUAUAAGUACUAUACGCCAAAUGGUGUGCUGGAGUGGCCCUUUUGGACCAAGCUGAUUGUGGUGGCCAUAGGCCUCACAGGCGGCCUCAUCUUCAUGUACAUCCAGUGUAAAAUCUACCUGCAGCUAUGGCGCCGCCUCAAAGCCUUCAACCGCAUAAUCACUGUGCAGAACUGCCCCGAGAAAGACCUGCACAACCCUCAGGCCCGACCUAGUGCCUUGCUUAAUGGCAGGCACGAAACUGUGGAGGUUCCAGUCAGUCCGGGCCCCAUCCCAGCUCCAGAGGCACAGAUGGACUCGGACAUGUCCGUGGAGGCUGCGGUUGCGCCGGAACAAAACCCUGUCUGACCAAUUUUCAAAGUUCAGAAGAGUCCUGAACAUCCUGCUCAUCAGACAACACAGCAGCGUGUGAUUUAGACUUGUGCAGUGUUUUAGGGUUCAACAUCUCAGUUGCUGUGCUGAUCUUGAGACACAACAGACAUAUUUAAAGUCCUAAAGUGAUCUAGUAAAAAAACUGAAACGCUAAAGGGCUGCAGUGACGUGAAUGUGCAAAGUAAAAA